AUGGAUUCUCUCGUCCAAAAGCAACUGAUCAACUCUAGAUCAUUGCAAUACAACUACUAUGUUUCUCCGACCUCGAAUAUUUCCACUUCUAGCCCAACUCUAGUUCUCCUUCAUGGGUUUCCCGACUCAGCGGCAGCCUGGCAUUCGCUCGUACCACUGCUCACAGCUGUUGGCUUUCGCCUACUCAUCCCGGAUUUGCUGGGAUACGGCAAUACGUCCAAACCAUGGGACCCGUUUUACUUCAACUCGCGCGCAAUGGCGAGUGACAUCAUGGAGUUACUUGAUCAUGAAAACAUCAAGAACUUCGUUUCCAUCGGCCACGACUGGGGUUCUUUCUUGGCCCACCGACUUUAUCUCUGGCACCCGGAUCGUGUUGAUGCCCUUGUUGUCGGUGCCUACUCCUACGACCGUGUGGUUCGGGAUCCCAUCGACAUAGAGGCGCAAGCGGCCGAAUACAAUCGCACGCUUGGCUGGCCGGUGAAGCUGUACUACAACUUUCUCGCAGGGCCAGAGGCACCCGAUCUUAUCUCUGGCCACCCGGAGAGCUUCCUGAUGUCGGGCUAUGGAGUGGACAACGCGAUGAAUGAGACAUUCGGUCGGCGCGACGGACUUCGCAACUGGCUCACGGCCGAUAAGAGACGAGCUCUCCAACCAUGGGCCCGAGACCUUCUCGCAACUCAAGGCAGCCCUCCGACCGUCGCUUUCCGUUCUCCCCUCAUGUGGUAUCGUGCGCUGGUCCAAAACGCACACCUGGAAGUUGAAAAGACCCUACCGAAGGAAUUGGACGUCAUUCGGGUUCCAUUCUUGCACAUCGGCGGGGUCAACGAUCCUGUCUGCCCUCCUGCGAUCUUCGACAAUCCGGACCUGCAGGCUCUGUGGCCAGACUUCACCAGCAAGGUUUUCAACGACUGCGGACAUUUCCUGCCCUUUGAGAAGCCUGUCGAUAUGGCCGAAACGAUCAUCCAGUGGCUUCAGUCAAAGAACAUAACGUCGAUCAGUGGGUGA